AUGACCAGAAAACUCUCCAAGGAGGAGAUAAAGGACAAGUUUGAUGGGGAAGAACUCGACUUGAGUCUCUGCAAUUUAGCUAAAGUCCCUGUGAGAGAAAUGGUGAGUUCUUUCGGCUUUCGAUCAAAGAUUAUCGAGCACCGCAAAAAGGACAAAAGGUCGCGCACAAAUUUUCCACGAAGCUAAGGCUUCAAAAGAACUCUUUAUUAACUGGAACAAACGAAUUGACUUUGCUGUGAAUCAGGUUCCUCAAGAAUUUUACUGGCGAUUACCGUAGGGUGAAAUACAGUAUAAAGGUGAUUAGUUCGUGAUAAGGGAGUGCGGUAAUGGUGGUCUAACUGAGGCAAUUAGAUCUCGCGCAGACGAAGUCAAUAAAAAAAAACAAUUAUGAGAAAUACUCGUGAUGUGAAAUGAGUCGUUUGACGGUAUCGUUUUGAGUUAUCAUUAACGUAAAUAGACAUUCGUUUAUUAGUUUCAUUAAGCUGUAAAAUCCAGCCACGCUGUUGGCUUGCGCGAUCGGCUGCUAACUGACUAUGAUAAGAAAAGUUAUAAUAAAGUCUUAAUAAUCUUCUUUAAAAGCUCAUAGACUUAUACCUACAUGUCAGUCUGUGUGUAUAUUUUUAAAUUAAAGCACAAGUUGGAUUGUUGUUCUUUUUUUUUUUCCACAGGCAUCUCUGCCUAAAGCAACAGUUGUGGAUCUCUCUUGUAACAACUUAACCACCCUACCGGUGAGAUGAUAAAUGAUAAAUGAUAACCAACUGGGCCGAGUUGUACAAAGCUGGGUUACGAUAACCCAGGGUUAGUGCGAGAUUUGAAUUCAGAUUUGAAAGUUUAAAAAGAAUUUCAGUUUUAAUUCUUUUUGUCUACAGUUGAUGAUUGGAAGCUCUAAAAGUAACAGAGAAAAUUAUCUGAGAAAAUACUUUGGAACACAAGAAAAAGAAACCCGGGGUAAAUUUAACCCCGGGUUAUGCGCUAAGCGGCCUUCAAACAACUUGGCCCUGGCAUUCAAAUUUCGUUAAUAGCAGCAUUGAGGCUCUAUUUACUAGCGAAAACAGAAUAAAAAAUCCUCUGGAAAUCCCCAAAGAAAUAUUUAACUUUAGGAUCCCAGAAGAACAUGUUGAGUUAUAAUUAUUCGUCAGUUUAUUUACAUUAUUUGUAAAGGUUAAAUACAAUAACAGUUAAAACUGACUGUUAUGGAGGAGGUUACUGCUUCUUACAGUGAUGUAUUCAAAGGCUUAGGAUGUAUGGAAGAGGCUCUUCCCCUGGAAGUAGACAAGACUGUUGCUCCAGCACUUACAGGUGUAUGCCUCCUCAUCGUGUGCCUCUAACAUUGAAGGAUAGGUUGAAAGAUGAGCUGACUCGCCUGGAGAAAGCAAGGGUUAUAAUCAAGGAAGAAGAACUAAACCACUGGGUGUCUAGUCUAUUCUAAAAUGUGAUGGAGAGAGGAAUCAGAAAGAUUCUCACUUUCGUAAAUCGUUAGCCUCUAGCUGCCUGUGAACAGGCCUUUGGUGGAGCGGGGAACUAGGGAGAGGAAAAGCGAAACCCCCUUCCCCCCCCCCCUUUCUCUUCCCUUUCCUCGCUAUUUUUUUCCCCAAACAGAGAGCCUGUUCACAGGCUAGUAAAUCGCUAAAUUGCACCUAAAAGUUUCGGGAAAAAAAUACUGAAGCCCUUGUAAUGUCGAAAAGGCCCAAGUUCCCCUAGGAUGAGCGAACAGAUAAAAUUUUUUUAGAGACGCUUAAAAUUAGCAUUUGUAGAGAUCUAAGAGUACUCUGGAAAGCCUAAAAAGUGUUUUCAACGUAUUUUGGAGGAAAACGUCGUUGGGUGCCCCUGACUGAAUUUGUAUAUUUUGAUAUUUCAAAAUAUUGUUCUGCAUAAUUUGGGACAAUUUCAACCCACUGGGUGUCUAGUCUAGUUGUUUCAGAGAAACCAAACAGGAAGCUUAGAGUAUGCAUCAACCCUCAGCACCUCAAUAAAGCCCUCAAAAGAAGUCACUAUCUGUUUCCAGUCAUUGAGGACAUACUUCCGGAGUUAACCAAUGUCAAAGUGUUUUCAAAGGCAGACCUUUGAGAUGGCUUCUUGCAGAUACUGUUAGGUGAAGAAUCCAGCAAGUACCGGUAUUUUUGAAUGCCUUUUGGAAUUCCUCUUGCACCAGAAUACUAUCAGAGAAAACUGGAUCAUAGUUUAGAGGGCCUGAAUGGAAUAUACAAGAUCACAGAUGACAUCCUUAUUACAGGCCGUGGUGCGAGCAUUGAUGAAGCUGUGAAAGAUCAUGAUGCCAAUUUGCUGAAGGUGUUAGACAGGCACAGGGAGAGAAAUUUGAAGCUUAAGCAAGAGAAGCUACAAUUGAAAUGUUCAGAAACGCCCUUCAUUUCAGAGCCACAGCUUGCAGAGAUCCAGCAAGAAACAGUAGCAGAACCUGUCCUUCAGUCCCUUACCCAAGUUAUCAUAAAGGGCUGGCCAGAGAAGAAAGAUGAUCUGCUGAUAGAACUUCACCCCUACUUUGACGUUCGGGAUGAACUGACAGCCCAGGGUGGAGUUCUUUUCAAAGGUCUUCAAUACCUGAUUCUGUCAAGCCUCAGACCUAAGAUCCACGAGUGUCUACAUGGUGCACACUCUGGUAACAAAAAAAAAGUGAGGUUUUGUGCCAGCUACAAGAAAUAACAGCCCAAAGAACCACUGAUGUGACACAAGAUCCCAAGCUGCCCCUGGGGAACAGUUGGUUCUGACAUCUUUCACUUUGACAAUAGAGAUUACCUCUGUACUGUGGAUUACUACUCAAGCUACCUUGAGAUCGACCCCCUCAAAGACAAGACCGCCAGCAAAGUCAUCUAUACCCUAAAGAGACACUUCUCGAGGCAUGAAAUCCCUAAUAAGCUGAUUAUUAUCUGCUGAGCUAAAGGCUAAGACUGAUAACACUUACUCAGACCUCGAUUAUUCUGUAUAUCACAAAAACUGAAUCUAAUAAUAAUGUUUUGUUAUACACUGAUUUGAAGAAAAUAAUACAACAUACAUUACACACACAACCUACAGAUUAGUCAAUUAUCUGCUAGUUACAUGUACUGACUAAUCUGUUGGUUGCGUUGAUUUCCAAAAUUAAUGUAGGCUCUUGGCCAAUGAAAAGACAGUUAGUGUUUACAAUACUAUGAUCAAUGUUAUUUGUUUGCUUUUCAUCAGGAUGCAUUUUGUACUUUGCGGCAUUUAGUGCGGCUGGAUUUAAGUAAAAAUGCUCUCACGGAACUUCCAACAGAGUUUGGCAACCUUAAUCAACUCAAGCGGCUUGACUUGUACAGCAAUCAACUCAGCAGUUUACCCCUUAGCUGUGUAGAUCUUGAGCAACUUAGAUGGUUGGACCUGAAGAGUAACCCUAUACAAACACUGUGGCCUGAUGUUAUUGGAAAUUGUUUAAGUGAAGAUGAAUGUAGACAAUGUGCAAUAAAUGUAAGUAUACUUUCCAGUAUUCAUAUUAUUAUUCUUACACUGUAAAAGAAUGACUGAUGCUUGAAACACAUUUAUGUUUCAAUGACCACAAGUCAUCACUGUCAAGUGCAAAGUUAAAAUUUUAGUCACUGACAGGAGAAGAAAAUUGAAUUCCUUGCAAAGUGAGGUGCUGAAGGCACCUUCUUGUAGCAAAUUUACAAAUUUGUCAAGUGAGCAGUGUGUGUAUCACAUGGAUCACACAGCACGGAGGAAACUCAAGUUGGCAAUAUUUCUAUAACUUAUAUCUCUUUGGGUGUCUGCAGUUGAAGUUAUCCAGUGUGCAUUUUAGGGUUGCCAGGUAACACAUUUUCAAGUGCGAAUGAAUCAUCUGUCAAACUAUGUUUACUAUCGGUAAUUCAUGACCAGUUUCUCAGGCAACUUAAAGAGAAUGGCAACCACAAGAAUGUUCUAUUCAACAUAUGGCUGGAAAUCCUUGGCUGGGAAUAUUUACAAUCAAAACUGCACUGCAGUAAGAACAGCAACUUGAAAUACAGCUCGAGCAACGAAGAAGAAGACGAGCAUGUACAUUAAUCAGCUGUUAAGCCCAAGAAUGAAUAAACAUGGAAAAAAUGUGAAAUGCCUUUGAAAUACUUUUCCUGAAAUACAGCUCUACAAUCUUCAAACAGGGUGUAGGGCAGGGAACAAUGCUUCAAGUGUAUUCAUUUUUUAGCUAAUAAGUUGUCCAGUGGCAGCCUGGCCCUGGGCAGAGCUGGCGUCUUUGUGUAAGAGAUGGCUAUACGAUGUAGGUUCAAAUGAGACUUAAGGUUUUUUUUUCUUCACUGUUUCUUGUUUGUAAAAGCACAAAAAACAUUAAGUAAAGAACCAAACGAUACAACUUCCAGUGAAACUUGAUUGUUUGUUUCUUUUGGGCUUUUUGUUACAUUGCUCCUGCUGUGCAUACAAAAUACAAAAGGACACUGUUUUGCUUUCCAUAGGUCAGAAGGCAUCUCAAAACCCUAGCUGCAAAUGAAGAACAAGCAAACCUAGUUAGAUUAUCAUUAGAAAAAGGUAAGGAUGUGCAUGGAGAGACCCUGUUGAUUGUCCGAGGACCUGUUAUGAUCUGACUGAGGGCUUGAACACUCGAAUAAACACCUGUUAUGCACUUGAGGAAUUCUAAAGUAGUCCUCCAGGGCUUAUUGCUGUGUUUCCCUUUGCCCUAGCUAUACUUGUACAUAUCAUUGUGAUAAUAAUAUGAUAUGUAUGAUUGGUUAGCAAUAAACAAUAAACCAAAGUCAAUUAAGUCUAUUGAUAUCAAUCCCCUCACUACCUACCCAGACCAUGAAAGGUUGUCUACACCACUGAAGUUUACAUUCUAGGUUUGAAAUUUUCCAUUUCCUUUCUGGGAUUUGGGGGGGGAGGUACUCAAAACAGCCCAAAGUUUUUUUUUUUAGGUUUUGUUGGAAGCCCUCCAGAUUUGUGGAAGGGGGGGAGGGGGGUCCUUCGUUUGAUCAUCCCCUUCACUUGGAAUCCAGGGUACACCCCUCUUGGGGUCCCAAGAGUGUCCAACAUCAAUUUUCUCCUAACAACAUCACCAGAUCAACAAGAGUAAAGGUUAUGAGAAUUACUAAAUUGAUGACCAAAGGGAGAAUACUUUGAUCUUAAACAAAUUCUCUCAAUUAUUCUUAAAAGAAAUGUGUGGAGGUCGGUCUGGAGAAUUUGUAUUUGGAUCUUGGGGCUGAAAGGGUUAAUUAAUUGCCUCUUUAGUACUCAUCCAAGGUUCUAAAAUGUAGCGUUGCAUCUCUUUCAGAACAAAAAGCACUGGAAGAGGAAAAGGAACGUGAAAAGCAAGUGAGAAAGCGUAUUAAAAAACAGCAAGAAAAACAGUUGAAGAGAGAAGCUUAUGAAGCAAUGGAGAGACAAAAAAAGAUGAUGGCUGAAGAAACAGACAAGGAUUUAAAAGGUCAAUUUCCUUCUUUUUUGUAGGGAGGAUGCAUUUACACCCACUGGACAUACUUCGAGAAAGCGACACUUGACUGUCUUCCAAACUGAUAAACCUUUGGCCCUUUCAAGUCUUCCCAGUUGGAGAAAAUUCCUAGAUGGAUUAGGACAGUAGAUACAUGUAUAAAAAAAAUUACAUGUAUAUUAGUUAUUGAGGAGAGGGAAAAACUUAUGAGAAAUAGUAAGACAACCUUAACCCAUAUAAUGACACUGGGUCUUGAAUCUGAUCGGGCCACAUUGAUGGGUGGCAAGUGUUCUUACAUGUACCAUUGAUCACUCUUACCCCUGCUACCCCUUAACCCUUUAGGUCCUUAUAGUGACCAACAUCAAUUUUCUCCUUACGAUAUCCAUACAUUGUUAAGAGAAAUGGUUAUUAGAAUUAAUAAGCUGAUCACGUGUGAAAAAUGCUUUGAUCUUUUAUCAAAUUCUCUCAACUAAUCCAAAAGGAAAUGUAAGGAGUUCAGGGUGGAGAAUUUGAAUAUCGAUAUUGGAGCUUAAAGGGUUAAUAAUGGAAGGGCUUGAAGAAAACUUGAAUUCCAGCUAGUCGUUUAAGAACACUGCAAUUGCAGCUUCUUUGCUUGCCAGCAAGAAAAUCCCCUUGUCCCAGACUAUCAGAUGGGACUUUUUUGAGCCCUGCUAUGGCAGGGCAUGUUGUAGGAAAACUCUAAUUAACUAUCAUUUUUCUACACAGCCCAGGAAGAAUUCAUGGAAACAAGACCCCCCAAACCAGAUCCUCAAAGUCGAGGCAAGUUCUUAUUUCUUUUUCUUGAUAGUGUUGAGAACCUCAAAAGACAAAUUAAAAGUAUAAAAAUUAUAUGAAAAAUAUUGUAUGUUGUAAACUCCAACUAUCUUUAUUUCGUAGGGAUUCUGACUCCCUAGUUGCUUCAAAAUCCCAAAUUCUGAUCAAUAGAGGAUCAGGGGCCCAUUUCUCGAAAGGCGUGAUAACUAAAUAAUUCAGGCCUUAAAGGCAAAUUUUAAAAUCAAAACCUGUUGAAUUUUAUCAUUUUCAAAAUUAUUUCAACUUUGGUCUUGAAUGAAAACUUAGCCUGCAUUGCAGCCAGCCCAAGCACUUGUCUAAACUUAGCUUCAAUAUGGAAGGUUUAGAGCGUAUGUGACACAGGCAAAUGCAAACCUGGCAAAUGUAACACAGGAUUCCGGGCGCAAAAAGUUACUGGGACUUUCGAGAAACAUGCCCCAGGAUAGAAAAAAAUCUUCAUUCUGACAUUUGUUCUGAUAUUUUAAAGGGAAUUCUUAUGAUCCUUAUACAGGAACACCUAAGAUGGUAUACUUAACGGAAACUGAUAUCCAGAGAAACUUAAAAGUAUGAAAAUGACAAUUGAUUUAGUGGACACUUUAGACAGAAAUUUCCUCUCAGAACACUAGAAAUGGUGAUUCAGAGUAUCAAGAUUUCAAAAUUUUUUGGUUUUGAUUUAUCUGUCAUCAAAAAAUAUCCCAAUUUGACACACUUGAAAGGUUGUACAGUGUAAUUCUGUGAGCAAAGAGUUUUUUUGGCAUUAUUUUCAAAAAUUUAGUUAUUGAAUGUCUUAGUAACUUUUAAUUCAAAUUCAUUCAGUGUUUUUGAAUUGUAAAAUGUACAUUAUUUCUAUUGCAGAUGAGGAUGGAAAUCUGAUUGGACUGUUAUUGUUAUUUUCAUUAUUAACAGUUGGUAUUGCUGUGGCUCUUGUAAUUUUUUGUCACCAUGAUGCCACUUGCCAUGAACUGUUGUCCUCCUUUUCAUCUUGA